UGUAGCUUACUUUUUUAUUUUCUUAAGUGUGUCUCUUGAGAGCAAGUUUUUAAUUUUGUUAAAAUCUAUCUUAUAAAUUUUUUCUUUUAUGGUUCGUGCUUUUGGUGCCAUUAAGAAAUCUUUGCCUAACCCAUUGCCACAAAGAUUUGUUCCUGUAUUCUGGAAGUUACACCUAUUUUUUUGGUAACCAUUUAUAGUUCUCACAACUAGUCUUCACAUUUGAGGAAACUAGGCUCAGUGAGGUUGAAACAAUUUGUCAAAGGUCAUUGAGCUGUGAGUUGUGACUGUGUGUUCUGAUUCCAAAGUGCUUUUCCCACUGUGCAUAUUAUGCCAGAAUAUAUGCAUAUAUAGUAAGAUCAUAGGCCCAUGUAGAUCUAAUAUAUCCUGGGAAUGAUCAUUUAGUUUGUCAUUUCCCAAGGUCUUGCCUUCUCUUAUUUCCUGCUGGGAUCUACCAUUUAUUUUUUUUAAAUAAUAAUUUAUUUAUUUUUGAGAGAGAGAAAGAGAGAUAGAGUGCAAGCGGGGGAGGGGCAGAGAGAGAAGGAGACACAGAAUCUCAAGCAAGCUCCAGACUCCGAGCUGUCAGCACAGAGCCCGAUGCGGGGCUAGAACCCAUGAACCGUGAGAUCAUGACCUGAGCUGAAGUCGGACGCUCAACAGACUGAGCCACCCAGGCACCUAGGAUCUACCAUUUAUUUAGCACAUCAAUUAGAUGGCAAGUGAAAGAGGAAUUAAAUUAAAUUUAGUAAUCAAAUGUUAUUUUUUAGUGCCUUAAUAGAAGAUAUUUUCUAAUUACUUGGAUUCAAUCCAAAUUUUUAUUUAUGGACCACAGUAUUAAUGAUUUAAGAAUGCAUAUUGAAUAAUCAGCCAAAAAGUAUUUGAGUGCCUAUUAUAAGUGGCAGGCAGUGUGUGUAAUUGCUGGCCAAACAGUAAUGAGUGAAUCAGGUACACUUGAUCUUCUUCCUCUUGAAACUUGUAGUCUAGAGGAGUAGCUUUCAUUCUUAAGAAUGGAAGAUCUCCAUUCUUAUGAUGGAGAUCCACGGUAAGAAAUACAUUUUACAUUAUGACUUGUUACACUUGUAUAGUGCUCUUACACAUACAUAUCUAAAACAGAAGUUUCAUGAAACAGUUCUUCCUUUUUAUGCAGGGUGCUCUGAUAUUUUCUAUUUGUUGUUUUUUUGUUUUUUUUUUUUUUUAAGCUAAGUUGCUGCAAACCACUAAAUUGAUUUCACAAGCUAUUAAUGGGUCUCAGUCUGAAGUUUGAUUACUGCAGUUUGAUGAGUAGAAGCUGGUUGAUUACUGCUUUGGGGGAGAUUUUCAAACACAUGGUUUGUUGCCAAGGGGCUUGCUAGGAGAGCAUGAAUAUGGUGUCUGCCUUUUGAGAUUCCCAGCUUCCCAUUGCUCAGAUGGGACAGAGAAUAUAACUACAUAUUCCUCCCAAAUACACCAAAACUUUCAAAAUUUCAAAGGCAGUGCUAACGUCAUAAGAUUCUAUAGGUCUGGAAAGGACAUGCUUCUUAUUCUCAAAAUGAUCAGAGCUGUUUAGAUUUAGUAAUAAGUGGGAAAUAACUAGCUAAGGAAAUUUAUCCAAGGCUAAUGCCAAAACAUACACAGAAAACCUGAAAACUUUCAGUAAGAAGUUUAGAAAGUAUCUUUCUUCAUUUGAUUAUUUGGAAUUGAGGAAACUGGGUAUACUUAGUAGUAUUACUUGACUGGAAGUAAACUAUGAACAAUGCUUGCGGAGAGGACUUUUAUGAUCCCUAACCUCACAAGUGAUCUUUUUGUCAAAAUAUGGAACUGUUUCUUAUCCUUUACAGAAGACAGUUCAGAGCUUAGAAACACAAGAGGGGUCUAUCCAUUCAUCUCAGUUUGUAGUUCUUUGAAGAUUAGAGAAAAAAGGAUAUUGCUUCAGAAAUUUGAAAUUAGAACUUUUAAUCUGAGGAAGUUUUAUUCUGUGGCACUGUAUGUUCUGAUUUCUACCCAAAUUGGAUCCAAAACUUGUCAUUUUGGUAGUGGAGGUUUUUGUUUUCUACCCCAAUGGGAGCAUAACUAUUAUAGUAGGGUGAUUUUUACUUUGAAUUUUUCUAAUAACCACCUUCCUUUGAUAAAUCCACAUGACAAUGACAAUGACAGAGCCAAUGACAAUGAUCUGAACUUACAGAAAAUAUGUUCCAGAUUUAAAGUUUCUGGAGGGCGUAGGGUUUCAUUACAUUUCCUGAUGGAAAUGUAUUUCCAUGCAUUUCCUGAUGGAAAUUACAUUACAAUUCCUAAUGAAAUUAUUUUAUUGUGGCAAAGGGAUGAUAGUAAAUUACUGUAUUUUAGACAAUAAUAUUCUAAGAUGGACAUGGCUUAAUUACCAACUAAGAAUACCAGUGUUGUUCUCAUGCCAAUAUUUGUUCUCCAUCUAGACACUGGAAUAGUGAGAAUAACAAAAUGAGCUAGGACAACUCCCAAGUCAAUGGCUUCUCAUAUUUUGUUUUGCUUUCUUCUUUUUCCCCAGUUAGAAGAAACUAGUAUAUUUGGAAAGAAUUUUCUUGGUUAUGAGAAACAGAGACCAUCCUUUUCAGAGGAUAUAUUAACAUGAGAAAGAACUAAGAUUUUUCUCUACAUGGAAUGAACAUUUUCUUUCAGAGAAAUUAUCCUCCCAGGAGGGGAUUUUUUGCUGGAAUAUCCCGGUUUCUGACAAUCCUGCCCAUGCUCAGACAGCUCUGCCUUUCAAAACCUGACUGAUGUCUGUAGGACUUGGCACUUAUCACUGCUUCCUCAGGGGCAUUGCCUGGGCCUGGAGUUCAUCCUUGUGCUGACUAAUGUCCAAUGCAAGAAAUCCGUGUGUAAGCCCCAAGUUUUUUCUAGGAUCAAGACAGUAGCAACCAUAAACUCCUGUGCUUUAGUGUCUUUCUCUGCUUCUCAUGAAAAGAGCUCUGAUUUCUACUGACAUGGGUUUUGAUUUCUGCAGAGGACCUUCCUGCAUUUUGCCUCUGCUCUUGAGAAGAAGCCACUGUCAAAAGCAGUUCAUCUUUUUAUGCAAGUUUCUUUUCAAAGGAACUCCUUUCUGUGGCAGUAAUCAGGGGGCCUUGUUCACAAAGGUUUCUGCUGACCCCUGGCCUGAGCAGAGUGACUCUUCCCUUGUGAGCUCCCUGAUUCUGCAUCCUCCUUGAUGCUCUCUUCUUUGGGGUCUCUAGUAUCCUUGCUGUUAUCAGUUGGGGAUGCAUCCUUGUCUGUCUCUUUUUUUUUUUUUGGCCUGAAGCUUAGGGCCCCAAGGUGUUUCCCUUUGGCCUCCAUAAGGACACACAGCACCUGGAAAGCUGCCCUGGCCCCAGUGGAAACAUUCAGGAGAUGGAACUAUGAGACCUUAGAAGCCAACCGGAGUCAAGGAGCACUGCAUGGGGACAGACCUAUGAGUUCUCAUUUGGAAGACAGUGAAUCAGCAGUGUUACUUUCCUGUGAAUGUGAAGAAUCAGAUAUCUUUAGUGGUUCCAAUGAGGCAGACAGUGGGGAGGAGGAAUGCCGGUCACAGCCCAGGAGCAUCAGCGAGAGCUUUCUAACUGUCAAAGGUGCUGCCCUUUUUCUACCACGGGGAAAUGGCUCAUCCACACCAAGAAUCAGCCACAGACGCAACAAGCAUGCAGGUGAUCUCCAACAGCAUCUCCAAGCAAUGUUCAUAUUACUGCGCCCAGAAGACAACAUCAGGCUGGCUGUAAGACUAGAAAGUACUUACCAGAAUAGAACACGCUAUAUGGUAGUGGUUUCAACUAAUGGUAGACAAGACACUGAAGAAAGCAUCGUCCUAGGAAUGGAUUUCUCUUCUAAUGACAGCAGCACUUGUACCAUGGGCUUAGUCCUGCCUCUCUGGAGUGACACCCUAAUUCAUUUGGAUGGUGAUGGUGGGUUCAGUGUAUCAACGGAUAACAGAGUGCACAUAUUCAAACCUGUAUCUGUACAGGCAAUGUGGUCUGCAUUACAGAGUUUACACAAGGCUUGUGAGGUGGCCAGAAUGCAUAACUACUAUCCAGGCAGUCUGUUUCUCACCUGGGUGAGUUAUUACGAGAGCCAUAUCAACUCAGAUCAGUCAUCAGUCAAUGAAUGGAAUGCUAUGCAGGAUGUGCAGUCCCACCGGCCCGACUCUCCAGCUCUCUUCACAGACAUACCAACUGAACGUGAGCGAACAGAAAGAUUAAUUAAAACCAAAUUAAGGGAGAUAAUGAUGCAGAAGGAUUUGGAGAAUAUCACAUCCAAAGAGAUACGAACUGAGUUGGAAAUGCAAAUGGUGUGUAACUUGCGAGAAUUCAAGGAAUUUAUAGAUAAUGAAAUGAUAGUGAUCCUUGGUCAGAUGGAUAGUCCUACACAGAUAUUUGAGCAUGUAUUCUUGGGCUCUGAAUGGAAUGCCUCAAAUUUAGAGGAUUUACAAAACCGAGGGGUGCGCUAUAUCUUGAAUGUCACUCGAGAGAUAGAUAACUUCUUCCCAGGAGUCUUUGAGUAUCAUAACAUCCGCGUAUAUGACGAAGAGGCAACGGAUCUCCUGGCUUACUGGAAUGACACUUACAAAUUCAUCUCUAAAGCAAAGAAACAUGGAUCUAAAUGCCUUGUGCACUGCAAAAUGGGGGUGAGUCGCUCAGCCUCCACUGUGAUUGCCUACGCAAUGAAGGAAUAUGGGUGGAAUCUGGAUCGAGCCUAUGACUACGUGAAGGAAAGGCGAACAGUGACCAAGCCCAACCCCAGCUUCAUGAGACAACUGGAAGAGUACCAGGGCAUCUUGCUGGCCAGCAAACAGCGACAUAACAAGCUCUGGAGAUCUCAUUCAGAUAGCGACCUCUCAGACCACCACGAACCUAUCUGCAAACCAGGGCUAGAACUCAACAAGAAGGAGAUCACCACCUCAGCAGACCAGAUUGCCGAGGUGAAGACCAUGGAGAGUCACCCACCCAUACCUCCCGUCUUUGUGGAACAUGUUGUCCCACAAGAUGAAAAUCAGAAGGGUCUGUGUACCAAAGAAAGAAUGAUCUGCUUGGAGUUUACUUCUAGGGAAUUUCAUGCCGGACAGAUUGAAGAUGAAUUAAACCUAAAUGACAUCAAUGGAUGCUCAUCAGGGUGUUGUCUCAAUGAAUCAAAAUUCCCUCUUGACAACUGCCAUGCAUCCAAAGCCUUAAUCCAACCUGGACAGGCCCCAGAAAUUGCCAACAAGUUCCCAGACUUAACAGUGGAAGAUCUGGAGACAGAUGCGCUGAAAACAGAUGUGAACGUCCACUUACUGCCUCUGGAAGAAUUGACAUCUCGCCUGAAAGACCUUCCCAUGUCCCCUGAUCCUGAAUCACCGAGCCCCCAACCCACUUGCCAGGCUGAAGUCUCAGAUUUCAGUACAGAUCGCAUUGAUUUUUUUAGCGCCCUAGAGAAGUUUGUAGAGCUUUCCCAAGAAACCCGGUCUCGAUCUUUUUCUCACUCAAGGAUGGAAGAACUGGGUGGAGGAAGGGGUGAGACCUGUCGACUUUCAGUGGUAGAAGUAACCCCUUCUGAAGUGACAGCUGACGACCAGAGAAGCAGCUCUUUGAGUAAUACUCCCCAUGCAUCUGAAGAAUCUUCAAUAGAUGAGGAACAGUCAAAGGCAAUCUCAGAGCUGGUCAGCCCAGAUAUCUUCAUGCAAUCUCACUCAGAAAAUGCAAUUUCAGUCAAAGAAAUCGUCACUGAGAUCGAAUCCAUCAGUCAAGGAGUUGGACAGAUUCAACUGAAAGGAGACAUCCUAUCCAACCCAUGCCAUACACCAAAGAAGCACACCAUCCAUGAGCUGCCCCUGGAGAGGGCCCAGGCCCUAGAGAACAAACCUGGAAAUCUGGAGCAGAAUGAAGGUUCCUACACAGCCCAGCCUGAACUAGCCAAAGACUCAGGGAAGUGGGACCUAGAAGGCUGCCUGACUACACACUCAUUCACCACAGAGUUGGAAGAAGAAGAACCAGCUGAGGAGGAACAAGAACUCUGGGGCCCAGGGAUGCACCCGGGUGCCAAGUGGUGCCCUGGGUCUGUGAGGCGAGCCACCUUGGAGUUUGAAGAACGCUUGCGACAGGAGCAAGAGCACCAUGGUGCUGCCCCUGGUUGUACCUCAUUGUCCAUCCGCAAGAAUUCCAAGAAUGAGUCUUCUGUGGCAGACCUAGCACCAAAAGGGAAGAGUGAUGAAGCUACCCUAGAACAUUCUUUUGUCCCCAAGGAACCAGAGAUUAACAAGGGCAAAGGGAAAUGCAUUGGGUCUGAGGCUGGCCUGCUGCCCCAUUCCGAGCAAAAUGCCAUUGUUCCAGCACUAGAGCCGCUGGAGUUUCAAGAGUACCCAGGGUCAGAUAUUAGAACAAAGCUGGAAGGAGUCCUGAAGGAUCCGAGGACUGUGGUUUCAUGCCAGGGAUCUGAGACACAGUCGGUCCCUCUUUCCCUUCCCAAGAAGAUCGAAAUCAUUAUGUCACCCAGUCACACUGGGCAAGGGGGUGAAAGAGCCACCAGCGAAAAGAGUGGGGAGCAAGGACUGAGGAGCGUGAAAAGGGAGAAUUCCAUCACCGUCCUCUGUACACUGGAUGAAAAUCUGAACAGGACUCUGGGCCCCGACCAGCCUGCUCUGCACCCCACACUGCUACCUCUGCCUCAUUCUUCCUCUCCUGAGCACGACAGUCCCACCAACCUGACCUCUACCCUGAGCAGCCCUGAAGACUGGGACAACAGCCUGUCAGUGGCACUGGAGACAGGAACACCUUUUGUCAGUCACACAACCCAUGUACCGUCUGCCAACUUGGAUUACGCACAUUCCCGGGCCGUAGUUCACCUGGAAGGCUUCACAGAGCAAAGCAGCACCACAGACAACGAGCCCUCUUUGGAGCAGAGCGGCUGGGAAGAAGGUCUGGACGGUGCACUCUCCAGUGGCAGUGAAGUGCCAUACGAAGGCUCUCUGUUAAGGAGUGAAGACCUAAGCAAACUUGGUGAUAAUAUCGGGGAGUUACAAGAAAAACUGGACCCAUUACCUGCAGCCUGUCAACCCCCACAUAGCUCUAGUAGUGACAGUAUGAAGAGUGUCAGCCAUAGCCUCAGUGUGGUGAAAGAGCGCACUAAAGACCUCGAGUCCCGAGCGAUCUGCCAGGCAGGACUCACCAAAACAGCCAAAAUGCGGCAUUCAGCUUCCCUUGCCAAGUUAGGUUACUUGGACCUCUGUAAAGACUGUUUAUCAGAUAGAGAGCCUGUCUCCUCUGAGCCCUCUCAUCUCAAACUGCUUCAGCCCUUCAUCAGAACAGACUCAGGCAUGCAUGCCAUGGAGCCCCAGGAGUCCUCAGAAAACCCAGAUGCCCCCCAGAACCUAGAGCCCACCAAGUAUUUUAUAGAGCAACUCAAAACAACAGAGUGUAUCGCUCAGAGCAAGCCAGUGGAGAAGCCUAUCGUACAGUAUGCCAAAGAAUUUGGUUACGGUCAGCAGUGUUUGCUCCCCAGGGCAGAACCCAAAUUGACUAGUUCUGAAGGAGGCCUUCCUUUGCUACAACCCCAGGGACUUCAGCGUGCAGGCCCGGCUCCCGGGCUGGCUGUGGCGCCCCGUCAGCAGCACGGCAGAACUCACCCCCUUAGGAGACUGAAAAAAGCAAAUGAUAAAAAACGGACAACCAACCCCUUCUAUAAUACCAUGUGAUUCUGAGCCUACACAUGUGACUUUCUAAAAGAAAUGUUUGUAAAAGGGGCAGGUGUAAUAUGUAAAGAACAUGCACUUUAUUGGUUAAUUUUAUAAUAUUUUGGUCAUUUUACUGUUCCUGGCGCAUGCAGGGUUAGGGUUUUUUUCUCUGUGUAUGUGUGCGUGAGAGAUUGAUUUGGACAGCAAGACCAUUUUAUCAUUUUUUUAUUUUUCGAAAAAUCAAACCUCAAAAAAUACUCAUUUUCAAAGAGCACCUUUAUCAAAGGCAAAUUGCUGUUUUUCAAUCAGCUCCCAUCAGCUCCUCAUUUUU